CGAAAUUAAUGAUGAUCAUCUUAAGUGUAUGAGCAAUUCCUUAAGAGUGUUAUAUUAUGAAGAUCGAUCGCAAAUAGCAUUCAGGGGGAAAUGUCAUAAGUCAUUUAAAGAACUCGGAUGCCUCCAAAUUCCGUAUGACAUUUCUGAGUUGCCAAUGGAGUUUGAGAAACUUGAGCAUCUUGUUUACUAUAGGGGCCCUUUCACGCAAGCCAUGAGUUUAUAUGAGCUUCCUCCAAGCCUGCGUUUUAUGUACAUUACAGUUUCUGCCGAGAACGGAGUUAAAGAUUCUACGGUCCUUCCCACAGUCACUUCAGCUUCUUCUCUUGUACUAUUACAGUGCAAUUUGAAUAAUAUAGUGCAAAGGUUACCAGAUGGAAUGGAAAAGCUAACAAAGUUAGAGAUAUUAACUGUAUGGGGAUGCCAUCAGUUGAGGGAACUUCCUUCCAAAUUUGGGGAACUCAGAAACCUAAGAGAGCUGCGGCUAUUCAAUUGCAAGGAAUUGAAAGAGUUGCCUUCAGACUUUGGACGACUCAGCAAUUUGCAAGAGUUGUGGCUACAGGAAUGCCCUAAACUGAAACAGUUCUUCAGACUUUGGACAACCUAGCAAUUUGAAAUAUAUGUUUUUCAACCGCUGCUCUACAUUAAGUGAAUUGCCUUACAGCUUUGGGCAACUUUAUAAUUUGAAAUAUUUGAGAUUAGAAGGUUGCUCUGCAUUAAGUGUAUUGCCUUCAGAAUUUGGGCUACUUAAAAAUAUAGAACACUUAAAUUUGAGCUACUGUUAUGGAUUGAAAGAAUUGCCUUGUGACUUUGGGCAACUCCAAAAUCUGAGACAGUUAAAAUUGAAGCAUUGUUCUGGGUUGGAAGAAUUGCCCUCUGACUUUGGGCAACUAAAAAAUCUGAAACAGAUAGACUUGAGGCACU